CCGAUAUCGAAUAAAAACCGUUCCCGCCUUUCUUUAGUUCAUAUGACUACGAGGAGCUUUGCGGUUCUUCAUUUUGUGUUUUCGCAUAAGUAUUACGUGUCACGUCGAAAGAUAUGAGAAAAGCAAAUCGAAAACCGUUUUCAGCACCUUCGGCGGCGAAGAAGACCAAAUUUAGAGAUGAAGACGAAGAGACGCCCAGUUCAUUUGAGGCAGAACUUGCCACCAUGGAUCUUGCAGAUGAUGAUUUUCCAGAUGAGACACUAUUUAUUGGAGAAGGACCUGAACAAGAAAAUACAUCUGCGAAAUGGAGCAGAGCACCACCGCCACCUUUGAAUCCUCAAGUUGAUACACUGGCAUUUCAGCAAAUUGAAAUUGAUCAUUAUAUAGGUAAACCUCUUCCUGGGAUGCCAGGUAGUAAAGUAGGACCUGUGCCAAUAAUGAGGAUGUUUGGCGUUACGGAACAAGGAAAUUCUGUCUGUUGUCAUGUCCAUGGCUUUUGCCCAUAUCUAUUUGUAUCAGCGCCAUCGAAUUUCACAAACAAUCACUGCAGGCCAUUCAAGGAAGCUCUUAAUCAAGCUGUAAAGAAGGAUAUGAAAUCAAAUCCGGAUAACAUACAGGACGCCAUCCUAGUGGUCGAAUUAGUCUACAAGCAAUCGAUGUAUGGAUACGGAGGAAGUGAUAAAUUGCGGUUUUUGAAAAUUACGGUGGCAGUCCCGAAAUUGAUAGCACCUUGCAAACGAUUAUUGGAACAAGACACUGUUUAUACUGCGUUUAAUCAUCACUAUAAAGCAUUUGAGAGUAACAUCGAUUUUGAUAUCAGGUUCAUGGUUGAUACGUCAGUGGUUGGCUGUUCUUGGAUUGAACUAACACCAGCAAGCUGGAAAUUACGUGGCCAGCAUGGACACAUGCUGGAAUUAACUACACGAUGCCAAUUGGAAGUGGAUGUUGCAUGGGAUGCUUUUGUAGCUCAUGCGCCGGAAGGAGAAUGGUCAAAAAUCGCUCCAUUCAGAAUCCUCAGUUUCGAUAUUGAAUGCGCUGGACGCGAAGGUAUCUUUCCGGAAGCAAAACAUGAUCCUGUGAUACAAAUUGCUAACAUGGUCAUAAGACAGGGCGAGCCCGAACCGUUUCUAAGAAAUAUUUUCACUCUCGAUACUUGCGCACCUAUCGUCGGUUCUCAGGUUUUGAGUUUUGAUAAGGAAAGUUUAAUGUUAGAGAAAUGGGCUGAUUUUGUGCGGCAGUCAGAUCCUGACAUUUUCACAGGAUAUAACAUAAACAAUUUUGACUUCCCGUACUUAAUUAAUCGCGCGCAACAUCUCAACGUUAAGAACUUCAACUUUCUCGGUCGAAUAAAAAAUAUAAAAUCUGUAAUCAAGGAUCAUGUGCUGCAAAGUAAACAGCUGGGUCGUCGUGAGAACAAAUCGAUUAAUUUCGAAGGAAGAGUUCCGUUCGAUUUACUGCUAGUAUUGGUCCGAGAUUAUAAACUGAGAUCUUACACUCUAAAUGCGGUAUCGUAUCAUUUUCUUCAAGAGCAAAAAGAGGAUGUCCAGCAUAAGGACAUUACGGGGCUGCAAAACGGAAAUGCGCAGACACGUCGACGUCUCGCUGUAUACUGUUUGAAGGACGCAUACCUGCCGCUUAGAUUAUUGGACAAGUUGAUGUGUAUUAUUAUCUAUAUGGAAAUGGCUAGGGUUACAGGAGUAUCCAUUACCAGCUUGCUGACUCGCGGACAACAAAUCAAAGUCGUUUCUCAACUUCUGCGUAAGACCAGGGAAGAGGGUUACUUAAUGCCGGUACAUCAAGGCCACGGUACUGACGAGCAAUUCGAAGGAGCGACCGUCAUUGAACCUAAGCGUGGCUACUACAACGAUCCGAUAGCUACCUUAGAUUUCAGCUCCUUGUACCCUAGCAUUAUCAUGGCGCACAACUUGUGUUACACGACAUUAUUGACCGUUGCCAAAAAGAAGGAGCUCAAUAUUCAAGAGGACCAAUUUACCGCAACUCCCAGUAAUUCGUUAUUCGUGAAGAAUACCGUGAGGAAAGGUAUCCUUCCCGAGAUUUUGGAAAACCUUUUGACAGCCAGAAAAAGAGCAAAGGCAGAGUUAAAGCAAGAAACGGAUCCUUUGAAGCAAAAAGUACUCGAUGGUAGGCAAUACGCUUUGAAAGUGUCGGCGAAUUCCGUGUACGGCUUCACGGGGGCGCAGAUGGGAAAAUUACCGUGCUUGGAAAUAUCUGCUAGCGUUACCGCUUAUGGACGUACCAUGAUAGAACGAACGAAGCAAGAGGUGGAGGAUCGCUUUCGAAUAGAAAAUGGAUAUAAAAACGAUGCGAUAGUCAUAUAUGGCGACACUGAUUCCGUGAUGGUUAAGUUUGGCGUGAAAGCUAUAGAAGAUGCAAUGGAACUCGGUAAAGAGGCGGCCGAUUACGUGACGUCGAAAUUCAUCAAGCCUAUAAAAUUGGAGUUUGAGAAAGUGUAUUUUCCGUAUCUCUUAAUCAACAAGAAACGUUACGCUGGCCUGUAUUUUACGAAACCGGAUAAGUACGACAAGAUGGAUUGUAAAGGUCUCGAAACGGUGCGCAGAGACAAUUGUCCACUGGUGGCGAACAUGAUGAACACUUGUUUGCAAAUAUUACUUAUCGAAAGAAAUCCAAGUGCCGCUGUAGAUUAUGCCAAACAGGUCAUUAGCGAUCUCCUGUGUAAUCGUAUCGAUCUGUCUCAAUUAGUCAUCACGAAGGAACUGACGAAGACGGAUUACGCAGCGAAGCAAGCGCACGUUGAGCUGGCGGCGAAGAUGAAGAAACGAGACGCCGGAAAUGCGCCGAAACUUGGCGACCGAGUGGCGUACGUGUUCACAAGCGCAGCCAAAGGCACACCGGCAUACGAGAAGGCGGAAGAUCCCGUGUACGCGCUACAGAAUAGCAUCCCGAUAGACACAAACUAUUAUCUGGAGAAUCAAUUGGCGAAGCCUCUUGUACGUAUCUUCGAGCCUAUCCUCGGCGAUAAGGCCGAGUCGCUUCUCCUGAAGGGUGAUCAUACACGUACGAGGUGCAUCGCUACCUCGCAAGUUGGAGCGCUCGCCGCUUUCACACGUAAAAAGGAGACCUGUUUGGGCUGCAAGGCUGUUUUACCACCGGACAGGGAAGACAAGGCGGUAUGCAAGCAUUGCGAACCUAAAGAGGCUGAACUGUUCCACAACGAGCUGCAGGCCCAGCACAAACUGGAACAGAAGUUUUCCAGAUUGUGGGCGGAAUGCCAGAGAUGCCAAGGGAGUCUCCAUCAAGAAGUCAUAUGCUCUAACCGUGACUGUCCCAUAUUUUACAUGAGGGUGAAAUCUCGAAUAGAUAUGGCUGCGAAAAUCAAGCGAAUCAAAAGAUUUGGUGUACCGGAAUGGUAGUAGAAAAAGAGGGAUCGCAUCUCGCAUAGCGCAUUCGACAACCAGUCCAUGGCUUGGUCAAGCCCCUCGCCCUUCGUCGCGGAAGUUUUAAAUAUUUGGAAGGUUCGGUUCUUAAGA